UCUGCACAUAGUGAGUGCUCAAUAAAUGCGAUUGAUGAUGAUGAUGAUGAGAGCCGAACCCAGAUUGACUCACCCUGCCUCGAAGUGGGCUGUGCAGAGAUGAGAGAGGCAGACGGAGAGAGCGCACGGCCUAAUUGCUCUCCCUGCAUCAGCAGCAUCAAUAAAGCAUCCUGGGAAUCACUUGCCCUACGCUCAGAGCAGCUGGUCACAUGAGUCUGGAUUUUCAGUUCAGUUCAUUAGUCAGCCAUUUUGGUCAACACCCUGCUUACUGCGCACAAGCAACCCCAUUAGCCGUCCAGAGACGGGCUGAGCCCAGCCGAGACGGCAGCGGCUGAUUUCAGCGGCCCGGGGGCUCCUCUUCCCAGCUCUCGGGAGAAAAUAGAUGCUCGCUUCUGCUUCUCCUUUGGCGUUGCGGUCACCGGCGGAGGAAGAGGCUUUCUUCUCGUGCUCCUACGGAGGCCACGUUUCUGAAGCCAAGGGGGCAGCCGGCUGAGAUUCUUUGUCGCCUCCGGCUCCGCUGAAGAAAAGAGGGAGCAAGAGGGGAAAGAAAGGAAGAGGGAGCUGGGAGAAGACAAGCAUCCUUUUAUCCUCCGAGACCGGGGGAUGAUUUUAGGAGCGAAGAGAGAGUAGCGUUGUGGGUCUUGAGCCUAGCUGUUCUUAAAUAGCAAGGCAUUUUUUAUUUUUAUUGAUUUAUUUAUUUGGGGGGGUCUUUUCAUCUGAAAGAUUGCCUUUCCGGAGCUCGGGGGUGCCUCUUUCUUUUGGUGUGGUGUUUAUUUGUGUGCGUGUGUGUGGUGUGCCGUGGUCCCAGCUGAGUCAUCAUGUCGGCCCUGACGCCUCCAAGCGAGACGCCGACCCCAACCACUGACAAAAUCACCCAGGCGGCCAUGGAGACCAUCUACCUUUGCAAGUUCCGAGUGUCUAUGGACGGAGAGUGGCUUUGCCUGCGUGAGCUAGAUGACAUCUCCUUGACUCCCGACCCGGAACCGACCCACGAAGACUCUUGGGAGGAUUUGACAGAUUUGGUGGAGCAAAUGCGUGAUGAUACCGAAGAUCCUAAUUAUCUCAUGGCCAAUGAGCGCAUGAACCUGAUGAACAUGGCCAAGCUGAGCAUCAAGGGGCUGAUCGAGUCGGCCCUGAACCUGGGUCGAACACUGGAUUCCGACUAUGCACCGCUCCAGCAGUUCUUCGUGGUGAUGGAGCACUGCCUGAAGCAUGGCUUGAAAGCCAAGAAGACUUUUCUGGGACAAAAUAAGUCCUUCUGGGGGCCGCUGGAACUGGUGGAGAAGCUCGUGCCCGAAGCAGGGGAGAUAACAGCCAGUGUCAAAGACCUCCCGGGGCUUAAGACGCCGGUAGGCAGAGGAAGAGCAUGGCUUCGCCUGGCCCUGAUGCAGAAGAAGCUCUCUGAGUACAUGAAAGCCCUGAUCAACAAAAAGGAACUUCUCAGUGAAUUCUAUGAACCCAAUGCGCUGAUGAUGGAGGAGGAAGGAGCCAUCAUUGCCGGUCUGUUAGUAGGGUUGAAUGUCAUCGAUGCUAAUUUCUGCAUGAAAGGGGAAGACUUGGAUUCCCAGGUUGGAGUGAUAGAUUUCUCAAUGUAUCUCAAGGAUGGAAGCAGCAGUAAAGGUAGUGAAGGAGAUGGUCAGAUUACUGCCAUCUUGGACCAGAAGAAUUAUGUAGAAGAACUCAACAGACACUUGAACGCCACGGUCAACAACCUGCAGACCAAAGUGGACGCCCUGGAGAAGUCCAACACGAAGCUGACGGAAGAGCUCGCCGUGGCCAACAACCGGAUUAUAACUCUGCAGGAAGAAAUGGAGCGCGUCAAAGAGGAAAGUUCCUACAUAUUGGAGUCCAGCCGCAAGGUCACUAAGCAAGAGAGAACUGCAGAUGGACACGCACUGAUUGAAGCAAGAAAGCACUUGAAGGAAGAGACCCAAUUACGGCUGGAUGUGGAGAAGGAGCUGGAGACGCAGAUCGGUAUGAGGCAAGAGAUGGAACUGGCCAUGAAGAUGCUCGAGAAAGACGUGAACGACAAGCAGGACGCCCUGGUGGCCCUCCGCCAGCAGCUGGACGACCUCCGGGCCCUGAAGCACGAGCUGGCCGUCAAGCUGCAGAGUUCAGACCUGGGAGUGAAACAGAAGAGCGAGCUAAACAGCCGCUUGGAGGAGAAGACCAACCAGAUGGCUGCGACCAUUAAACUACUGGAACAGAGCGAAAAGGAUUUGGUGAAGCAGGCAAAGACCUUAAACAGCGCAGCGAAUAAACUGGUCCCCAAACACCACUAGGCAUUUUGCCCCCGGUCACUCCCAACUCUGAAAUCACAAUUAUAACCAUAAGAGGGGGGGAUCUUGUUCAAAUAUCAUCCCCCCCCCCCCAGCCCUGAGUCAUCUAAAAUUGGCCUGGAAAUUGGAGGGGUCUUUCAAAUUAUAGGGGUAGGCGGGGUGGGUUUUCUUUCCCUUGUUUUUUUCCAGAGCUAGAGAAUUGGGUGUGAACUCCCCCAUCGUUUUGCCAAAUACGCUUUGUCAAGCCACGAUCGAAUUGGCCACCAAAUCAUCCCGGCAGGAAAAUCGCGAGGCCUCCCGAAGUCGGGGACGGCCUCCGUGCCCGGCCGACGGACGCCGAGCGCGGCCGGCUCUGGGAACGCCCCGCUUCCUUUUCUGUCCCGUCCCCUCACGCCCUUCUCCCCCCGUGAAGUAGCGAUGAAGAAAAUCCAGCCCCGGUGUCCCCACGAAUAGUGGUCUGUGUGUCCCGGAACGUUCCCCCGGCCCGGCCCCCUGCCUCCGUCCGGUUCAGUCCCAGAAAUCAAGCCCCACGGAAAGCUCUGCCCCCAACUCGGUCGUCAGUGACUGACCGCUUGCAGCUCCUUCGCCUCAGUGACUGGAGUAAGGUGAAAUGGCCCUUUGCGAAUGGCCCUUUCCAACCCAUAGAGACCAAGUAAGCAAGUAGGUGUCUUAGAAUAACCCGGUAGCAUGGUUAACACAGUGAAACAACCUCCUCCUCCUCUUCUUCCUCUUAUGCCGCCUUCUACCUCUGCCAACGUCCCGCCUCUGCCUCGUACGGCAACUGUCCGUCCCUCCCGGGCUCCUCUGGGAAAGGAGGUGGCUCGACCCCUUUCCGGACGGAUCCGCUCUCUCCUCCGCCAUGGCGAGGAGGACGGACCCGUCCUUGCCUCAGCGUAGCUAGCCAACUGCGGGACGGAGACCGGCGAGCGGCCCGACGCCAGUUCCGUUGGCUUCUGGGUUUCUGUUGCCCCAGAGACCGGGUGGUUUGCAAACCUGGCAAACGGGCGAGAGAACGACUCAGUUUGAGGAAAGCGUUUUCAGCGGGGGUAGAGAGAGGGCGAGUCUCUCUCCCCCUGUCAUCACGGGGUUUUGAGAAGUAAGGAGAGGUGGUUUCCAGCUGAAAUGGGCGAGGGCGUCCUCUUCCCCCUGGGGUUGAGCCUGGAGUGGCCAUCCUUCACAGGCUUCGGGGGGUAAACGACCCUAAGAGAGGUGAGACUUCAUUUGAGAGAAAUCCAGCACUUUGGUGCUCUGCCCGAAGUGAGUACUCAGUAAAUACUGAGUGAUGGAUUUCGGGGGUGAACUGGGUUUAGGCCUUCUGCUCUAUUGGGGUGGCGGCGGGGGUGUUGGAAAGGGUCUCUUCUCACUCUUCCUCUCCCUGCUGGGUUCGGGAUGAGGCUCUUUCCCAGCCGGAGGGCAGAGAAAGACUGGGGGGCUCCAGCCGGGGGGGUCCAGGUAGCCCUUUCCACGUCCGGAGAGGCUGGCGGCCGGGGCCUCUUCACGAGGCCCGGACCGCCGUGGUCCUGUCCCGCUCUGAUGAGCCCGCAAGUGGACCUGUGCGAGGAAAGGCUAAGUCGCUUGCUCUGAUCCAGCAGUCAGAGAGGAGCUGCGACCAUCACAGGGGUCACCGUCUCCCAAAAUAGCCUCAGGUCGCUUGGGCAAGGAAAGAGCGUUCGCCCUUUCGCUUGGCUUUGAAUUUCUCUCGUCCAGUGCUUUAAAAAAAGUCCAAAUUACCCAGUGACGAUCUCGUGCCCUGCCCUCGCCACCUCUCCCGAGUCCGUAACCCAGGUCCCCUGACGGGUGCCUUCCCAGACCCGGUGACAUCUAGCCUCACGGAGAGAGGAUGCAUUGAUUGGGAAGUCCGGGAGUCGGGACGUGACUCUCUCUCACGUUCCCCCGGACCUCAGAGGCGUCCCGGAAUUGAGGCGUGACUCCCGUAUUCUCCGGGGCCCGAGAGGGCCGAGGCUCCAGCAUUUCCCCCGGAAGGCUGGAGGAAGAGGAGGAAGAGGAGGCUCAGUUGUGUGACAGGGUCCUUCUGGGGGGCUUGGGCAGCCCCCGGCCCGAGAGGCCAGUCCCUGAGGCCAACCUGACAGUGGAGGGCAACCCCGGUCCCCGGCACAAGUCCCGGUGACGCGUUAAAGCCGAAAUGGGACCAACAGAUCAGAAAACGGAAGCCAAACAGAUCCGACUUUAAAUUCCGUGCGCGUGAUAAGGAAUGAACAGCAACAACAAAGAAGUGACGUUUUAUUGUUUAGCAUCUAAUGGCUGUAAACUGUAGUACUAGAAUAAAAAAAAACCUGGAAAACAA